AAACGAAAAGAAAACGAAAAUAUUAUUCUUAGAAAAAAAAAAAAAUUUUUUUUUAAAAAAAACAAACUUUCUCAUUUUAAAUAUUUUUUUUAAAAAUUUCUCAUAUUAUAAGUUUUUCAUUAUAAGUGAAAAAAUAGUAGAAAAAAAAUGUCGGACUUGAGAAACCAGGCAGCUUAUUCUUAUCCUUCACCUGCGACAAAUACUUUACCGAAAGCUGAUAUUUCACUUCGUGAAAUAUUAGACAUGUAUCGUGACAAUCAUGAUCUGUUGAAACAAAUUCUUACUGCUAAAUCUGAAGAAGACAAACGUCGAACUGAAGAAGGAAAAUAUAAAACGGAACAAGUACGCUUACAGUAUAAACAAGUGGAAUUGGAAAUAUUAAGGGAACAGAAGAAACCUCCAACAAUUUAUACCGGAGUUCCACCGGUGAAUACCUCUACACCAGGAUUCAAUGUAAAAUCUCCAUCAGACGUGCAUAGUCCAUAUUUAUCUAUACCACCGCCGAUAGACGCGCAUUUUCCAGCAACAACACCAACAAGCGCAACACCGCGUUUAUCCCCUCCUUCUUCGGCUACCACUGGCCAUGAUAGUGUAUCUUAUAAUGGAGUUUCAAAUCCACACAAUCAUUCCUAUAGUCCGAUGAAUCAACGUCCUUCUUUAACACUUUCAAUUCCAUCAUUUCCGAUCAUAACUGCAUCUCCCACUGCUAUGCAUAAUAAUCAUUCAUUUUCUACUCCAACAAGCAGUAUACCGGAGCAUCCACAAUCUGCAACAUCUCAAACACACCAUCAUUAUUCACAAAGUCCUACUUCUGUAAAUAGUAAUAAUAAACGUACUAAACUUUCCGAAUCUGAAGUGGAUCAUGAAUAUGUGAUGGAAGCUCUAAGACAAAAAGUACAAAGAAAUCAAGAAAAUCCUGCAAAAAAAUUCAUGAAUGUCUUAAAACCCAGAAGUGCUAGUAUGCCUGUACCCCCAUUAAAUCAAUCAAGUCCAACUCAUCAUCAGCAUCAUCACAAUAAUCGUGAUCAACAUAAACAGCAAUCACCGCAUCAACGUCAAUCUCAACAACCACCAGCGCCAUCACCAGUGGAUUCUCCAAUGGUACAUUCACCAAUUCCUCCUCAAUUACCUCCCUUGAAUGUUCAUUCUCCCAGCAUGAGUCAAGAACAAGUUGCCAAGACUUAAAUUUAAUUUGUAUUAAUUACAACCUUCAUAUUCGAUUUAUGUUUGUUUUUUUAUUAUCUUGAUUUAUUGUUAUU